UUGAAAUAUUUUAUUAAUGAAAUAAUUUUCAGCUUUCAGAAAGAUUUCUUGCUUGAAGAUAAAGAGCAACUUACUAACCACAGAAGAGGAGUUGAUACUAAGCUCUUAAUUGUACUUCCUAAAGUUGCAGAAUUAAGAAAAAUCUUUGAGCCAAAGAGAAAAGAAUUUUUAGAAAUGAAAAGAAAAGAAAGAAUUGCCAGGCGCUUGGAAGGAAUUGAAAGUGAUGCCCAACCUAUCCUCUUGCAGAGCUGCACAGGGUUAGUCACUCAUCGCCUGCUGGAAGAAGACACUCCCAGAUACAUGCGAGCCACGGACCCAGCCAGCCCCCACAUUGGCCGAUCAAAUGAAGAGGAAGACACUUCCGAUUCUUCUUUAGAGAAGCAGACUCAGUCCAAGCAUUGCACAGAAACUUCAGGCAUCCAUGGUGACUCAUCCUGUGGUUCAGGUACCAUGGACACCCAGGGGCUUGAAUCCAAGGCUGAAAGGAUUGCGAGGUACAAAGCAGAGAGGAGACGGCAGCUGGCAGAAAAAUAUGGGCUCACUCUGGAUUCUGAAGCUGACUCUGAAUCUCCAGCUCGAUAUGCCAAGUCCAGGAAAGAUCCCGAUGCAGUAGAGAAAAGGGGAGGAAAAAGUGACAAAUGGGAAGAGUCAAGCAAAGAUUCGAGUUCUCCAUACCCUAGGACUGAGAUCAUGGGGUUCAGGACCUAUGUGGCUGAAUCCAAGGACUAUGGCCUCCACGGGAGUGAUGGUGUUUCCCACACAGAGGUGCUGCUUAAUGUGGAGAACCAAAGACGAGAUCGAGAGCGGAGCACCCCCGAGCAAGCCCAGGAUCCGCCCCCAAAGGUGGAGAGUUCGUCUUCCUUCCCACUCUCUGCAGGAGACUGCUCCUUCAGUGAUGUGCCAAGGUCCCCAAAGCAAAUGCCUACCAUGUCCCACUCCUCUCCUCGACAGUCAAGCCUCUCUGCUGGUGACCCAUCAUUCCCCACUGAGGCAAGAUCCAGGUAAGUGUUCAGCCUGGGCGGGCUGGUUCGCACAGGGAAGGGGCCAUCUCCCCUCUGCUGUCUGGGUGCUGGAGUAUGAGUGUUCUGGUCAUUCAGUGCAGGGCUUGGCUCACUGGAGAAAUAAUAUGGGAUAUGAUUUUUACAUUUCCAUAAUAUAAAAACAGCUUCUACCAAAGCAGGAAAUCUUGUAUUCUUUUUGUCAUGUUCAUUUUUUAUGUAUCUUCUUUUUCAAAAAUAAUCAGCUGGACAGGUGUCAUGGGAGAUGUUCAUGGAAGCCUCACUGCAUGGAGGCUCACUGUAAGACCUCAAGAAAGGUCUUGACCUUUCUUCCACUGUUUCUCACCUGCCUUUAAUAUUUGCCUUUUUCUUUCUUGGUUUUUCUGAAAUCAUACCCAAGACUUAGUGGUUGCUUCUCUGAAUGGAACUCACUACUUCAAGUCCUAUAGCUGCUUUUUCCUAAACAUCAACUAUGACUUACCUAAUUUCCUUCUAGUGAUCUACAAAACCCUUGAUCAUUUUUUUUUUUUUUUUAGCAAUACCAGUACCAUCCCUACUUCUCCUCCCACUUAGCAAAUUAUAUCAUUAGUGGUCACAAAAUGAUGAUGGCCAUCAUGUAGAACUGAUGCUGAAAGUUGACUUGAUUCAGGGAGAGCUGUGACUGGUAAUGAUGGUUUUGGGAGAGCCCCUGUGACAGAGAUCUGGGGGAUUGGCUCAGAAGGCUAAAUAUAUCAAGGCACCCUCCAAAGUGAGCCUGUUCUGCAAAACUGUAACAUGAAACUAUAGUCAACUCAGAAGGAAAAGGAUCAUGCUGUGCUUUU